CCCCUGUACUGCGUAGUGAAUCAAUCUAAAACCCUACAAUACACUGUCUUGCAUCUGUGAAUUCUAAAACCCUCAAUUCUCUCUCAUGGCGGAGACCACCGAAUUGACUCGCCACAUUGAGUCCUACGUCGACACUUCUUCUUCUUCUCCCUCUCUUCAGGCUGCAAGCUUGAACGCUAUUGCUUCUCUCGUUAAAACCGAUGUCUUACCUCUACAAGCACUGGUCAGAGAGUUGGGAAUGUAUCUGACCACGACGGAUAACGUUAUUCGUGCAAGAGGAAUUCUUCUUCUAGCAGAAGUGGUCACUCGUGUUGAAUCAAAACCUCUUGACAGUGCAACUAUACAUAGCUUGGUUGGGUUCUUCAAGGACAGACUGGCAGAUUGGAGAGCAGUCCGUGGUGCACUUGUGGGUUGCUUGGCAUUGAUAAGGAGAAAAAGUGUUUUGGGGACUGUAACUAGUAGUGAUGCUACAGCCAUUUCUCAGUCUUUUUUCCAAUACAUGCAAGUUCAAUCUUUAGGACAGUACGACAGGAAGCUAUGUUUUGAACUGCUGGAUUGCCUGCUAGAACAUUACUCUGACGCGCUUACUACACUGGGAGAUGGCCUUAUAUACGGAGUUUGUGAAGCCAUAGAUGCAGAAAAGGAUCCAGAAUGUUUAAUGCUUGCUUUUCAUAUUGUUCAGUCUUUGGCACAAUUAUAUCCUGAUUCAUCUGGUCUACUUGCAAGCUUUGCCAAAGACAUUUUUGAUAUUUUAGAACCUUAUUUUCCCAUUCACUUUACCCAUCCAACUAAUGGAGAUACUCAUGUGCAAAGAGAUGACCUGUCAAGGUCUCUAAUGUCUGCAUUCUCUUCUACACCUCUCUUUGAGCCAUUUGUCAUUCCUCUGCUUCUUGAGAAACUUUCUUCUUCACUCCAUUCAGCAAAGAUUGAUUCCUUAAAGUAUCUUAGAGUGUGCUCUUCCAAGUAUGGGGCAGAGAGAAUUGCAAAAUAUGCCAAGUCUAUUUGGUUUUCAAUAAAAGACACCCUAUCUACAUAUUUGGGGGAGCCAAAUUUUUCUUUAAAUAUGGCACCUGUUGAUGGUAUUGGCGGUAUUGGCUUCCCAGAGAAUGAAUUUGUGAUGGAAGCUCUGUCCCUCCUUCAGCAGCUUAUUGUUCAAAAUGGCAGUUUGUUAACUAGCGUAAUAAUUGAUGAUGAGGAUGUCAACAUUAUUUUCAACACCAUUUCCUCUUAUGACAUAUAUGACGCUAUUCCUGUGCAAGAAAAGAAGAAACUGCAUGCUAUUGGUCGAAUUCUUUAUAUUGCUUCCAAGUCUACCAUCACUUCUUGCAAUGCUGUGUUUGAAGGUCUUUUCUCCAGAAUGAUUGAUAAUUUAGGAGUUUCUGUUAGUAAUACUGAUAGCUCUCCAAAUGGUCAUAUUUUCCCCUCUCAGAAAGUCAAGUUUGGAUACCUUUAUCUCUGCAUUGAACUACUGGCAGGAUUCAGGGAGUUAAUCGUUGGGUCUGAUGAACCAGCAUUGCAGUAUGUUAUUGAUCAUGGGACAUCUUGUACUUGGCUUCAUAGUUUUUCAUCUUCAUUAUUUAACGACUUUGGAUCAGUCUUGGCAGCAAGUGCUGACAGAUGCCCCCUUGAUCCAGAUAUAUACAUUGGAGUGAAGGGCUUGCAGACACUUGCUAUGUUUCAUUCAGAAGUUUUUUCACUACAAAAAUCAAUAUUUGAUAAUAUUUUGAAGAAAUUUAUGUCAAUUAUCAUUGAAGAUUUCAACAAAAAAGUAUUAUGGGAAGCAGCAUUGAAAGCAUUGUGUCAUGUUGGCUCCUUUGUUCAAGAGUUUCACAAGUCCGAAAAAGCCAUGAGCUAUGGGAGUUUAGUAGUAGAAAAAAUUGUGGAACUUCUGUUUCUUGAUGAUAUUGUGGUGCCCUUUUCACUCAAAGUGGAAGCAUUAUCUAAUAUAGGCAUGACUGGAAUGAAAAAUAUGGUAACAUGUCUUCAAGGGAUGAGAAAAGCAGUAUUUGCCAAUCUAUCAAAGGUCCACACAAAUUUAAGGUCUUCUGAAGUUACUGUUGGGCUUCUGGAAUGCUAUUCUUGCAAAUUGCUCCCAUGGAUCUAUGAAAACGGAGGUUCAGAGGACUUUACAGUGCAAUUUGCUAUGGACAUUUGGAGUCAAGCAGGAAAUUUCACGGUUUUCAGUACCUCAUUUGAGGAAAAGGGUCUCCUUGAUGCAUUAAUAAAAACCAUGAAACUUUCUGUAGGGAGUUGUUCUGUGGAGAGCCAAAAUCUUAUAAUUCAGAAAGCUUACAGUAUACUAUCAUCACGCACUAACUUUCAGCUUAAAGAAUUGGAAAGUUUACCACUAUCUCCUGGAAAAUACAACAUUUCCCUUACUGAUGAAAGGAUAAUCUCAUUAUUUGCAUCCGUGGUUAUUGCAGUUUGGCCCAAAACACUCAUUCCAAAUAUGAGAGUACUUGUGCAUCUAUUUAUAGUAACACUCCUCAGGGGUAUUGUCCCAGUUGCACAGGCAUUGGGUUCCAUACUUAACAAAUUAGUUUCAACAUCCAACAGUGCAGAGAACUCCUGUGGCAUUACCUUGGAAGAAGCUCUGGAUGCUAUAUUCAAUACAAAGAUAUGGUUUUCUAGUAUUGAUAUGUUGCAGAGAUGUAAUGGAACAAGUAAUGGGAAAGAAAUAGUUCUUACUGAUAUAUGCCUGGGUUUUGCAAAUGAUAAAUUGCUUCAAAUCAAUGCCAUUUGUGGUCUCUCGUGGAUAGGAAAAGGUUUACUUCUACGUGGUCAUGAAGGGAUUAAAGACAUCACUAUGACUUUUAUUGAGUGCUUAAUACCAGGCACAAAGAGUGCCUUGCCUUUAGUGAUGAAAUCUGAAGAUCAGAUUCAGGAUCCUUUAGUGAUGAAAUCUGCUGCUGAUGCUUUUCAUGUUCUAAUGAGUGAUUCUGAAGUUUGUUUGAACAAAAAAUUUCAUGCCACAAUACGGCCUCUGUAUAAGCAGCGAUUUUUCUCUUCUAUGAUGCCUAUCUUUCUGCAGUUGAUUGCAAAAGCUUACUCCUUAUCUUCGAGAUCAUUUUUAUACCGAGCUUUGGCACAUGUCAUGUCUGAAACUCCAAUGGUUGCCGUACUAAAUGAUGCUAAAAAGCUUAUACCUGUUCUACUGGAUUGUUUGUCCAUGUUGACAGAAGAUAUCCAAGAUAAAGAUUUGCUUUAUGGUCUGUUGCUAGUCUUAUCUGGGAUAUUGACUGAGAAAAAUGGACAAGAAGCUGUCGUUGAGAAUGCGCACAUUAUCAUCAAUUGUCUGAUUAAGCUUCUGGACUACCCUUAUAAGACGCUUGUUCGAGAGACAGCUAUUCAAUGUCUUGUUGCCUUGUCUGAGCUGCCCCAUGGCAGAAUCUAUCCUAUGAGGACACAGGUUCUACGAGCAAUAUCUAAGUCUCUUGAUGAUACAAAGAGAGUUGUUCGCCAUGAAGCUGUCAAAUGUCGGCAAACAUGGGCGUCAAUGUCAUCUAGGACUCUUCAUUUCUGAAGUUCAAAACAACAUCCCAAGGUAGUGGAAAUGCUUUUGAACUUUGUAUUCUAAUUUAUAGGGGUUCUUUUACAAUAGGAAAAUCUGAAACUGUUUCAAGUGGUGUAAAAUAACAUGUAAAUAUUAGUGAGAUUUUGUUGCAUCAAUGAUUUCCUGAUGACACGCUGUGAUGAAUGUUGUCGUCUGUUGAACAUUUUUCAAUUUGAAUGAUAGAAGGGGGGGCAGUAACAUAUGAAGAUAAAUAUACCAUCCGUGGAAGUCAUUUGCUA